AAUUCGAUACCAGUUCAUCGCAGAACGCAAGAGAAAGACGAAGACAGGUGAUAUAGGAGAAAUAUAAGCAUGAAACCUGUUCAGAUCGAUUAGCGGAAUCGAUGGUGGGUGUGGACAGACGGAGAAGGAAGACGGAGAAAUCAAAAGGCUUGAUGAUGUCGAAUUGGCAGGAGAGUGUGCUCGUCAUGAGCUCUCAGUCGAUACUCAAGGGUUCCACAACACUCUGGCCUCUUGGGUGAUAUUGCGGGCCUCUCCUGCAUCAUUUGACAUUGCAUUGAUCUCUCGCGUCGUUCACGACAUCGUCAGUGAUCAUCAAUCGUUGGAGAAUUCUCUCGUUUCCCGUUCACACCUCCAUCAACGCCCGGAUCUCUGACUAGUGCUGAGGGAUCUAGUGUCAAGGAAAAAGAUGCGAUGUCGUGGAUCUCAGACGAUUUUCCCUUGCUAGACGUCGCUAUCCUCGCUGCUGCGCGACGCGUCCAUCCCUACUGCCGUUGUCGCCUCUGUCCAAUCCGUUUACAAGGCUCAAGAGUGUCGCCGUCGACAUCAAUACCCUAUCCGCACAUGGCUUCGGCUGUGUCUACGGAUUUGACCUUGAAUCCCAGUCACGCCACAGAUUUUGCGGGCUGUUGGAGACCUCUUCCGCUCGUUGCUCCAUUACUGGAUGACUUUUUCUUUCCGACUCCACUGCCCAAAUUCUUUGACUCUACUGCACGGAUAGCUGCCUCUGUUACACAAAUCACUGACUGUCGCAGGAAUUUCUUGUCUACGACUAAGAUUUCUCGACUCUCAUCAAUUAUUUGCACAAACAAUAGACUCUUGCACGGCCGCUUCAUCGCACGAAUUCCAGACUCCGCUGCACAAUUGCUCGACUCGACUGGCACAACGCAUAGACUCUUCGUACAACGGAUCUAUCGCACAACUACGAAACUUUCAGACUCCUCCUACGAAUAUCUCAGCACUCAACUUGCACAACGACUCGUUCCUAUCGUACUAGAAUUAGCCUAUUGCACGAGCUCCAGACUGUCUUGCGAGCCUCUUCGCUUACCGGCGUGCUUCCUGUUCGCUGUCGCCUAUGCUUUCUAUGUGCUUUCUGCACGCUUUCCGCCUCGCUGUGCAACUGCCAUCUCGCGUGCUUUUGAUAUUGCUGUGCAUCGUGCUUUCCACUUGGUUUCCGCCUUACUUUCUUUUCCUAUCCGAGACACUUUCCGACGUGCUGUGCACUUGCUUUCUCCGACUCCCUUGCGCUGCAUUCCUCAUUUACACUUCAUCGCGCGAUAUACAUGGCAUUGUUCACUACCCCCCCCCCUUGCGCUGCUGAUUGACCAUCUGUUUCUUACCCGCCUUGGCCAUUUUGUCCAGGCCGCGGUCUAG